CAGCAAUUCAGUGUCCAUCUAGAAGUCGUAGCAGGAGGGUGUUGGUAAUUUUGUCUCCGUUUGUUCCCCUCGGUGUGGCUCGAAGGGUAAGGGGAGAGAAUGCCGCCCUGACCACAAGGAAGAGGGAACACGGACAUAAAGGACACAACAGCCAUUUCUAUAACAGGGGCGCCAUGUCAGCGGAGAAUAUUAGCGAGGAUGCGGUGGAGUUACGGCCGGCGGUGCUCUCUCUGGGGCGCCGAGAAGUAGUGGUCCAUAGUAAUUACUCCAGGAUUAGUGAGCAUCUGAGGCAGGUAACCCCGACAGAGGUCCAGUGUUCCGUUUUCUGUGGAGGCAAGACUUGCAAAUAUGACUCCCACGACUGCUGGGGGGAGGAGGACAUGGCGAUACCUGGCCUCUAUUCCCACUGGGUGACGGAGACAAUUCUGGCGACAGCGAGACCUAAUACUGAAGUUAUAAAGAAGAUGGAUUUAGUAGGACAGUUUUUGAAACAUGAUAUUCGCACGGUCAUAAAUCUGCAGCUGGCGUGGGAACACAGCUCUUGCGGGGGCCCACUGACAGAGGCUGGCUUCUCCUAUGAUCCUUCUGUCUUCAUGGAGAACGGCAUCUUCUACUACAAUUUUGCCCUUCGUGACUAUGGCGCGCCCUCACAAAGCUGCAUUCUGGAUAUGGUCAAAGUGAUGGCCUUCGCUGCAACGGAGGGGAAGGUCGCUGUUCACUGUCACGCCGGGCUCGGUCGAACAGGUGUGCUAAUCGCCUGUUACCUGGUGUACGCCCUUCGUGUCCGCGCUAACGACGCCAUUCGCUAUGUACGACUCAAACGACCUGGCGCUGUCCAAACCACCAGCCAGAUAAUGGUCGUCCAGGAAUUUGAGCAGUUCAUCCUACCACAGCUCUACGUUUUCUCUAAUAGGGAGUUUAUAAAAGACAAGAGGAACCCAGAAUUUACCCUACAGCAGUACCUCCACCGCCAGCGAAACAUUCUGCAUGGGUACGAGGCCAGGACACUCAGCACCAUUUUGUUGCAGCCCUCUUUAGUAUACGUGGUUUGUGAGCGCCUCUUGAAGCUGUGUGGGUGUGAAGGAAACACGGCUCCACAGCAUCUCCUGACGCCUUUAGAGAUAUCCUACACCUUGGGAACGCCUUCCUUCACAUCCUUCUUCCUGUCAGCGCAGUAUGACCACGAGACAAGAGUGUCCUAUUCUGCGCCACAAUCUCUCGGCUCUCCAUCCCUCUCUGCCUCCAUUACGAGUCAUAGAGGAGGAUUAAGAGCAGCAUCCGAGGAGGGGGAGGAGGAGGGGGAGGGGGGUCACUGCUCCCUCUCCGUCCCCUCCUCCUCCUCCCACUGCCCCCCAACGCCAGACGUCCCCUCCUGUGCCCCUGAUCACCCCGAGAGGAACAUUGACACUCUUCUGGACGAUGGCAUCACUGAUCAAUCUUUAAGUGACAAUCUGUGCUAUCAGGAACUGGCUUCACAGGGAGACCUAAGGAGACAGGCUCAAGAUUGCCACGAGGUGGUGGUGAAAGACAUCUAUGACGCCUUGGUGUUGGAUCACUCUCUGCUAGACGCUGAGUUUAAGAGGAAUCUGAAGGCCUACCGGGUCGAUCUGAACGUGAAGCAGUCAGCGUGGGAGAAGCUUAAUGCGGAGACCAGCCUUCCACUGCUGACUGGUCUGCUGUACACGUGGCUGGAACACUUAAAGGCGCCAGUAUUGGGUGUAGACGCCCUUUCCUAUAUAGUGUUAGCUGCCAGUAGACCAGAAGUGUGUCUUAGAAAGCUGGACAAGGAGACACGGUACACGGUGGAGUAUUUGGUGCGGUUCGUGUCACGCCUUCAGCCCUUCAGUAGGCAACAGCAGGAGGCGGUAAUAAGAAGGAUCAUUGCUUCAGUCACCCAGCAGGCUGUUCCAGUCAGAGGGGUGUUGCUGCCUUCAGGGCGCGGCUUCAACAAAUUACGAGAAGGAACUCUACGGAAGCUGCUUGAGUUUGUAAUGGGACUGUUUGACCUCGUUUAUCUGGAAUCGAGGUCAUCUAGCGCCGUUUCUAUCUCUUCUAACACCACGACCUACACGCACAGGGUCACGCCGCCAGGUCAGGUCGUCACGCCACCCCCGGACGACCUCGGAACUCCUGUAGACGCGUCCUAAAUCUGUAUUUCGUUUGUUAUAUAUGAUGUUUUCUUGUAUCUCUCCACAGCUGUUAUUUGAGGUCAACUGAAGUCAGACCAGCUGUGUUUGGGUGUCUUGGUGGUGUUUGGGUGGUGUUUGCAAGGUUCCAGUGGUGUUGAGUGGUGUUGUGAGGUGUUUUGAAGCAUCCAGU